AUGGCCCUCUCCGCCAUGGCUGCUCCUACUGAGACCCCGAGGGACUCGAGCGCGACCAUCAGCCCCGGUGCAACCGUUGAGUUCCAGCUCUACAACUCGAACUUGUGCAUCGGCACCCCCGACGUCGCGUCCACCGUCGGCGCGAACAUGUUACUCACGCCCUGCGGCACCUCGCGCACGGCCUUCGAACUCCCCAGUGACAGCCAGUCGACGCAGCUUGCGUUCAUCUCCAGCUCUGGGUCCACAUCAUGCGUCAACGCUCGCAAUGUUGCCGUUAACCAGGCUGUGUUCCUCGAUGUGUGCGAGGACGACGCAUUUGAGCGUUGGCGCAUCGUCGCCGGCCUUGGGCUCGGCCCUAUCGUCUCGAACGGCGCGACCGAUGGCACAUUCUGCCUCUCGGCUCCUAGCAACACCGAGGGAAGCCCUGUCACCUUUGGGUCUUGCACUGGUGGUCUCAGCCAGCAGUGGACUACCACCCCUCUCGUGGCCCACGGCAACUAA